UAAAUCCAGUGACUGUAUUUAAUCACCCACCUCUGCCCUUUUCUUUUUCUCUCUCUCUAUUUUUCCUUUCUAUAGUAGCAUAGCUGAAAAACAAAACCCUAAAAGGGUUCUUUGCAAGAACAAUCCGCCGCCAGAUUGAUCUUUUCUCUCCUAUAUGAACUCGUGACCGAGCUCCUUCAUCUAUGUCAGUCCUGUUCUUGUACGAGAGCUGAUGCUGCUCCCUUUUGGGGAUUUUUGUUUCCGUUUUUGUUCUUCUGGUUUGUCCGGACAGUGCAAUCGUGUUUAUUUUUUUUUUGUUUCCUUUUGAUUUGAAAAUUUUGAAUUCGAGGGAAUAUAUGGCGUUUUUGCCAAGUCAAGAUUUUUUGGGGUUACGGCUUCUCGACUUGUGGUGAAAGUGAGGUUUGAUCGUAUGGUUUCGAGGGUGUUGUUCGUCGUCGAGAACUGAGGUUUUCCGAAGCUUCAUGGUCAAAGAGGGUAAUUGGGGGUUUUGAUUUCGCCGGAGAAUCAUGUUGUCCGAAUUCGGGAGGAGGCCGAUGAUUGGUAGUAACGAUAAUUCGUUCGAAGAUGAGCUGGAACAGGACAUAGGGUUGCUCCUCCGCGAGCAGCGGCGGCAGGAGGCUGAUGAUCUUGAGAAGGAGCUGAAUUUGUACCGAAGUGGAUCUGCUCCGCCGACGGUGGAGGGUUCGUUGAGUGCAGUCGGAGGACUGUUCAACCAUGGAGUUUCUGCCGCUGCCGCCGGCGCCGCCAUUGUAGGUGGAGGAGGUGGAAUUGUUUCGGGUUUUCCGGAGUUCGAGAGAAAUAAGGUUGCGAAUGGAUUGUCUGAGGACGAGCUAAGGUCUGAUCCGGCUUACUUACAGUACUAUUACUCGAAUGUGAACCUUAAUCCGAGGCUGCCGCAGCCAUUGGUGUCUAGAGAGGACUGGCGAUUUGCGCAGAGGUUGCAAGGAGGGAGUUCGGCGAUUGGGGAUAAGAGGAAAGUGACGAAGAACGAUGACGGCAAUGGCGGGAGGUCUUUGUUCUCGAUGCCGCCUGGUUUUAAUUCGAAGAAGCCAGAAAGUGAGUGUGAGAAGGAGAAGUUGCAGAGCUCGGUGGAGUGGGGCGGCGAUGGACUUAUCGGUUUGCCGGGAUUGGGUCUCGGUGGCAAACAGAGAAGUCUUGCGGAGAUAUUUCAGGAUGACAUGAGUCGUGCCGCCCCAGUUUCCGGCCACCCCUCACGCCCAGCUAGCCGAAACACUUUUGAUGAGAAUUCAAGCGGCGUUGGUGUAACGGAGGCUGAUCUGGCUCAUCUUCAUCGUGAAUUGACACCUUUGGAUCCGGUGCACUCGGCUGGAAAGAUCUCAAGCUCAUCUGCCGCGCAGCUUAGUGGGCCGCCUGCGUCAUAUUCUUAUGCUGCUGCUUUAGGCGCAUCUUUGUCGAGGAGCUCAACGCCGGAUCCUAUUGCAAGAGUCCCGAGUCCGUGCCCUAAUCCUAUUGGCGGAGGCAGGACAGUGAAAUCGGAAAAAAGAACCAUGAACAGUCCAGGUUCCUUUAAUGAUGUGUCUUCCUCUACGAAUGAAUCUGAUCUGGUUAAUGCUCUUUCUGGGAUGAAUCUCUCGAACGGAAAUGGAAUUAUGGACGAGGAGAAUCAUUUAUCAUCUCACAUUGAACAGGAUGUCGACGACCACAAGAAUUACCUUUUUAAUCUCCAGGGAAGCCAGAACAAUGCGAGGCAGCAACAUUACCUGAAAAAACACGAAGCUGGACAGUUCAACAUUUCUUCGGCUGCUCAGUCGGGGAAAUUUAUGCCGUCUGAUUCUAGUCUAAACAACAGCAGUGGUUCCGAGAUGCAGAAAAACGGCGUUCCUUCUAAUAACUCGUAUCUCAAGGGAUAUUCUAAUACUGGAAUGAAUGGCGGCGGGGUUCUACUUUCACAAAAUCAGCAUCUGGACAGUCCCAAUUCGUCUUUUUCGCAUUAUGGAUUGAGUGGUUACCCGAUGAGCCCGAUAUCGGGUCAGCUCGGUAGCCCCAAUUUGCCGCCAUUGUUUGAGAAUGCUGCUGCUGCAUCAGUUAUGGCUGUGCCUGGAAUGGACUCGAGGAUGUUUGGCGGGUCGAAUGUUGGCGCUACUGCUGAGCAAAGUCUGAACAGAAUUGGGAGUCCAAUGGCGGGGGGUGGAUUGCAGGGUCCUUAUCUCGAUCCUUUGUAUCUGCAGUACAUGAGAUCAGCUGAAUAUGCCGCCUCACAAGUCGCGGCGCUUAAUGAUCCUUCUGUCGAUAGGAACUUAAUGGGGAAUUCGUAUGUGGACUUGCUUCAGAAAGCCUAUCUUGGGAAUUUGUUAUCGCCACAGAAAUCACAGUAUGGUGUUCCGAUGGGUGGAAAAACUGGUGGGUCGAGUCCUCAUGGUUACUAUGCUAAUCCUGCAUUUGGCAUCGGGUUGUCGUAUCCUGGGAGUCCUUUGGCGAGUCCUAUUAUGCCGAAUUCAGCUGUCGGACCUGGUAGUCCAUUGAGACAUGGUGAUUUCAAUAUGAGAUACCCGAGUGGGAUGAGAAAUGUUAAUCUUGGACCCUGGAGCUUGGAUAAUAUCGAUAACAGUUUUGGUUCUUUACUGGAGGAGUUUAAGAGCAAUAAAACCAAAUGUUUCGAACUUUCUGAGAUUGCUGGCCAUGUUUUUGAGUUCAGUACUGACCAAUACGGAAGCCGUUUCAUUCAACAAAAGCUUGAAACUGCGACAGUCGAAGAGAAGAACAUUGUUUUUGAAGAAAUUUCUCCUCAAGCUCUUAUCCUAAUGACUGAUGUGUUUGGUAAUUAUGUAAUCCAGAAGUUUUUUGAGCAUGGAAUGGUGCCUCAAAAAAGAGAAUUAGCAGAGAAACUCUUCGGGCACGUACUUAACCUAAGCCUUCAAAUGUAUGGUUGUCGGGUGAUCCAAAAGGCAAUAGAAGUUGUUGAGGUGGAUCAGAAGAUCAAAAUGGUGCAAGAACUAGAUGGGCAUGUGAUGCGUUGUGUGCGUGAUCAGAAUGGGAAUCAUGUCAUUCAGAAGUGCAUUGAGUGUGUACCCGAGGAGCAUAUUCAGUUUAUUGUGUCGACUUUUUUCAAUCAAGUAGUUACUCUCUCAACUCAUCCAUAUGGCUGCCGUGUUAUACAGCGAGUUCUGGAGCAUUGCAAGGACGAAAAAACCCAGAGUGAUGUGAUGAAAGAAAUUCUGGGGUCUGUAAGUAUGUUGGCACAGGAUCAAUAUGGAAAUUAUGUCGUUCAGCAUGUUUUGGAGCAUGGAAAGCCACAUGAGCGUUCAGCCAUAAUUCAAGAAUUAGCUGGAAAGAUAGUUCAGAUGAGCCAGCAGAAGUUUGCGUCAAAUGUUGUUGAGAAGUGUUUAACCUUUGGCGAUUCUGAAGAACGUCAACUUCUUGUGAAUGAGAUGCUUGGAACAACCGAUGAAAAUGAGCCUCUUCAGGCCAUGAUGAAGGACCAAUACGCAAAUUACGUUGUUCAGAAAGUGCUGGAGACUUGCAGCGAUCAGCAGCGCGAGCUUAUCCUAUCCAGAAUUAAAGUUCAUCUGAACGCGCUCAAGAAGUACACAUAUGGAAAGCAUAUUGUAGCUCGUGUAGAGAAACUUGUUGCCGCCGGGGAACGAAGAAUAGCUGCUCAGGCCCCGCGCGUAGGCGUCGCGUAAAUGAAGGUGCCGUAGGAAAGAGUUGUUGUAUGUACAGCUAACCGAGGCUAGUUUGGGCUACCUCCUCUUUAUUCUCUCUCUCUCUCUCUAUAUAUAUAUAUGUUUCUUCCGACUGCUUGUAUGCGGGACUUUUUAUCUGUACUUUUUCGGCGAGUGUAUGAGCAGACAGAAUGGAAAUAAAAAAUGUCGUUGCCUGUCUGUCGUGUAGCGUUAAGAUUAUACAUAAGAGUCGAGUCGAGCUGAGGCUGAGGCGCGCCGGGACAGAUGAGGAUGCAGAUGCAGAUGAUGAGAGGUGUAAUAUGUAUAAUCUGUAUCUAUAUAUAUAUAGAUAUAGAUAUGUGGAUGGAAGAAAGGGAGUGUGUAUUGAGAGAGGUAGUGUUUGGUAUGAUGAUGACUGUACAAAUCAAGUGUGGAGAGAUGGUUGUUCUUUUCAUAAUCAUCUUCUUUGUCUUUGUUUUUUA